UGAGACGAUGGAUGGUGUCCUGGGAUAUCUCCUCCCAGAACUGGACCAGGGCAUCACUGAGCUCCUGGACAGUCUGAGGAGCAACCUGGUGGUGUCUGAUGGAACAAAACAUAAUGUUCCAAAGGUGUUCUAUUGGAUUCAGGUCAGUUUCGUGCCACAGUUAUCAGAACCUUCUGAGGAAAUCAGGUUCUUCGGGAAUCUGUUCUGUGCAGCAGCAGAGAGAGAACAGCAGACAGGAGAGAAGAUACUGGAGCUGUUAUCAUCAGUGUGCAGAUACAAAACAUUCCCUCUAAAACAACAAUGGUGUGAUUUCCUGCUGGACCUGUACUCUUAUGUGGCUGAAACAGGUCUGAGAGUCCUUCCAUCAUUACAGUCAGUUUUCCAGUCUGGUCCUGCAGUCUGGUUCAUAAACCUCUCAGAGAGAAAGACCUCCAUCCUCCUGGAAGUGCUGAAACUCCAAUCAGAGAAGAAAGAAGUGGAGCUGACAGGCUGGUCACAUGAAGAGAGUGAAGUGAGGAGUUUCCUGCAGUGUCUGCCUUAUAUCUCACAGCUCAGAGUUCAGAAGAAGUUACCUCUCGAUGAAACAACCAGGAUGUUUGUGAAUCUGUUCUGUAAAGCAGCAGAGAGAGAACAGCAGACAGGAGAGAAGAUACUGGAGCAGUUAUCAUCAGUGUGCAGAUAUAAAGGAUUUCCUUUAGAAUACAUGGAUGAUGAUGAUGAUGAUGAAGAUUUUCAAUAUCAGAGUGAUUUCCUGCUGGAUCUGUUCUCCCAUGUGAAGGACUAUGAGACUAAAACAGGUCUGAGAGUCCUUCCAUCAUUACAGUCAGUUUUCCAGUCAGCUCGUGCAGACUGGUCCAUAAACCUCUCAGAGAGAAAGACCUCCAUCCUCCUGGAAGUGCUGAAACUCCAAUCAGAGAAGAAACCAGUGGAGCUGACAGGCUGGUCACAUGAAGACAGUGAAGUGAGGAGUUUCCUGCAGUGUCUGCCUUAUAUCUCACUGCUCAGUGUUGAGCGGUUACCUCUUGAUGAAACAACCAGGAUGUUUGUGAAUCUGUUCUGUGCAGCAGCAGAGAGAGAACAGCAGACAGGAGAGAAGAUACUGGAGCUGUUAUCAUCAGUGUGCAGAUAUGAAGAGUUUCCUUUAAGAUACAUGUAUGAUGAUGAAGACUUUCAAUAUCAGAGUGAUUUCCUGCUGGAUCUGUUCUCCCAUGUGAAGGACUAUGAGACUAAAACAGGUCUGAGAGUCCUUCCAUCAUUACAGUCAGUUUUCCAGUCAGCUCCUGUAGUCUGGUCCAUAAACCUCUCAGAGAGAAAGACCUCCAUCCUCCUGGAAGUGCUGAAACUCCAAUCAGAGAAGAAAGAAGUGGAGCUGACAGGCUGGUCACAUGAAGAGAGUGAAGUGAGGAGUUUCCUGCAGUGUCUGCCUUAUAUCUCACAGCUCAGAGUUGGUUUGUGGUUACCUCUUGAUGAAACAACCAGGAUGUUUGUGAAUCUGUUCUGUGCAGCAGCAGAGAGAGAACAGCAGACAGGAGAGAAGAUACUGGAGCUGUUAUCAUCAGUGUGCAGAUAUAAAGACUUUCCUUUAAGAUACAUGUAUGAUGAUGAAGACUUUCAAUAUCAGACUGGUUUCCUGCUGGAUCUGUUCUCCCAUGUGAAGGACUGUGAGACUAAAAAAGGUCUGAGAGUCCUUUCAUCAUUACAGUCAGUUUUCCAGUCAGCUCCUGCAGUCUGGUCCAUAAACCUCUCAGAAAGAAAGACUUCCAUCCUCCUGGAAGUGCUGAAACUCCAAUCAGAGAAGAAACCAGUGGAGCUGACAGGCUGGUCACAUGAAGAGAGUGAAGUGAGGAGUUUCCUGCAGUGUCUGCCUUAUAUCUCACAGCUCAGAGUUCAGAAGAAGUUACCUCUUGAUGAAACAACCAGGAUGUUUGUGAAUCUGUUCUGUGCAGCAGCAGAGAGAGAACAGCAGACAGGAGAGAAGAUACUGGAGCUGUUAUCAUCAGUGUGCACAUAUGAAAGAUUUCCUUUAGAAUACAUGGAUGGAAAAUAUCAGACUGGUUUCCUGCUGGAUCUGUUCUCCCAUGUGAAGGACUAUGAGACUAAAAAAGGUCUGAGAGUCCUUUCAUCAUUACAGUCAGUUUUCCAGUCAGCUCCUGCAGUCUGGUCCAUAAACCUCUCAGAGAGAAAGACUUCCAUCCUCCUGGAAGUGCUGAAACUCCAAUCAGAGAAGAAACCAGUGUGUCUGACAGGCUGGUCACAUGAAGAGAGUGAAGUGAGGAGUUUCCUGCAGUGUCUGCCUUAUAUCUCACAGCUCAGGUAAAUGAAUUCUACUUUACACCAUUCAGUCUAUACAAGGAGAAAUCCAUG